AGUACAAAAAGCUGACAGUUUAAAAAUGCCAUUGCUAUAGAAAAGGCACACAUUUGCCCAUACGAAUCUUUAAACGAAAAAAUACAAAUCAAACAUUAGUAAUCAAAACAAUUAACAAAAAUUCACGCUUUGGACAACAUCGAAUAGAAUUCAGUUUAUCUGUGAGGAAGAAAGUUUUUUGUUAAUUUGUGUGUCAGAAUAAAACUUCAAUACUAGGGAACAUAACCAAAGAAAAAAGUAGAGAAUUAAAAAAAUAAGCGAUGAGUCCGUCCGCUACCAAAAUAAGCAAGCGUAAAGCCGCUGAUUUGAUAGCACCAUCUGCAAAAGCAAGGAAAAAUGAAGCAAUGCAACGCACAAUCAAACCAAAUACACGUAAUGAAAUAGUAAAGCGACUAGAUCAAAUUGGAAAUUUAUUAGUUUGCGGCCAGAAUGAAGUUGGCCAACUUGGAUUGGGCGAAGAUGUAACCGAAAAAACUCGUCCCGCACUCUUGGCCGAUAGUUUGAAGUCAAAAGUUGUCGAUAUUUCUGCCGGUGGAAUGCAUAGUUUGUAUUUAACGGUAAAUGGUGAAGUCUGGUCAUUUGGCUGUAAUGACGAAGGAGCACUUGGUCGUGAUACAACCGCAGAAGGUUCAGAAUAUGAAGUGCAAAAAGUCGAUUUGCCAAAAGAUUGUAUUCGUAUUACUGCCGGUGAUUCACAUUCAGCAUUCUUGUUAAGCGAUGGACGUGUAUAUGCAAGUGGCUCUUUUCGGGACUCACACGGCACUAUGGGAUUAAACAUGGUUGGUAAGCAACAACUUCCAGUCGAAGUUGUGCCAGGCGAAGAAUUUGUCAACAUACAAUCGGGAGCUGAUCACUUGGUGAUGCUAUCGAUACAUGGAAAAGUUUUCACAGUAGGGUGUGGCGAACAAGGACAAUUGGGCCGCGUUUCAUUUCGAUCAUCAUCUGGAAAAACACGACGGGGAAAGAGCCAACUAUUAGAACCGGGUCUUGUCACCGCACCAAAGAUUAACUUCAUCGAUGCCAUUUGGGCAACAACAUACUGCACAUUCAUCCGAACGCGUUCAAACCAAACGGUUUAUGGUUUUGGUCUGAACAAUUAUAAUCAAAUUGGUAUUGUCCAGAAAAAUUCGGAAACCAUUUUUGCACCAAAAAAGACGCCAUUUGAAAAUGUCAAGGAAAUUACAGGAGGACAGCAUCAUACGCUUGUUCUAACAAAUGACAACAAAUGCUAUGCAAUUGGCCGGACAACUUAUGGACGGUGUGGUGUAGGCGACACAACCGAAGAAGUCAUUGAUAAAUUAACACCAAUCAAUACUUUGGACAAAUUGGAUGUAGUACAGUUAGAGUGUGGUGAAAGUUGUUCAUUUGCUAUCAGUGCAGAUGGAAAAGUGUACAGUUGGGGCUUUGGCUCAAGUCAACAGCUCGGCCUUGGUUCAGAUGAUGAUCAACUAAUUCCAACCAAACUGACUGGCGCUCAAGUUAAAGAUAGGCAAGUCAUCAAUGUUUCAUCCGGGGGCCAACAUACUCUUUUUAUUGCUGCUGACAAGGCACAGAAAUGAAUGUGAAUGUAGUUCAUUUCACACAGAUUUUUAUAAAUUUCAAAUCUGUACAAAAUCGUGUUAUUAUUAUUAUUUUUUUUAAAGUAUGCAUAUAUUUCGCAAUUUUUUAACAUUGGGAUUAUUAAUAUUACUAUAAAUUAAUGAUUACCAUAAUAGCUGUGCAAGGGCUCAAAGUUUCGCAAUAUGUAAAAUAUCAUUUCUAUUUGCAUGUAAAAAUACAGCUAAAUUUCGGAAUGCGAAGUUUAUAUAUAUUGGAGUAGUUAAUUAAUUAGAAAUGAGAAAAUUAAAAAA